UCCGCGCAAACCGCCCGGUCCGAACCUUGAACCGCGAUUGAACUGCCUCAAAAACUUGGCUGAUUCGAUUCGAUUCGAUUUCUGGUCCUUGUAAACGGAAGUACGGAGCAGUAGUGAGUAUCUGGCUAUCUGCGGCGUGCAACCGGUGGAGCAAAGUGUCUGAUUCUAAUUCAUUUUCUCCAGUGUCACAGUUUGGUGAGAGUGGAAUCUUCCCUUCACCAUCACAUGCUCAAUCGGCUAAGCAAGCGGUGCUUCUCCACCCUCGCUCCACGCCCAUGGCUUUUCGUAGGGUUGGGCAACCCUGGCGACAAGUACAAAGGAACCAGACACAAUGUCGGAUUUGAGAUGAUUGAUGCGUUUGCUGAGUCACAGGGGAUUCAGAUGAAUGAACUUCAUUCCAAAGCCAUUUUUGGAAAAGGUUUUGUUGGUGAAGUUCCUGUUUUCCUUGCAAAGCCUCAAACUUACAUGAAUCUCAGCGGUGAAUCGACAGGACCACUGGCUGCUUAUUACAAGUUGCCUCUUAAUCAAGUGCUUGUGUUCCAUGAUGACUUGAACUUGCCUUGUGGGGUGCUUCGUCUUUAUGACAAAGGAGGUCAUGGGUGCCACAAAGGGCUGAAGAGUGUGAUCUAUCACUUCAGAGGAAAUAGAGAAUUUCCUCGGCUAAGAAUUGGGAUUGGGAAGCCUCCUGGGCAAAUGGAUCCUAAAGCAUUUUUGCUUCAAAAGUUCAAUGUAACAGCUAGACAAAGAAUUGAUGAGGCUUUGCAAGAGGGUGUUGAUGCAUUGAAGAUCCUUCUAUCUAGAGGUUUGGAAGUAAGUGCAAAAAGGUUUAACAAAGAGCAGAAGUAUAAGCACUUAAGAGUGCAGACUUUACCAGUUUGAUAGGAUUCCAUGAAGGCAAGUUGCGGUAUUAAUUAGUAUGAUUAGCUCUUCGCUUUUUAGGUUGCAAUAGAUUGCUUGAGCACGUUUGAAUGUGUAAAACUUAGGGCUGAAUUUUGUUAACAUUUCAGAGGCAUGUAUAGCUUUUCAAGUGAUUUGAUACCAAUUGUUUUCCAUCUUGAAAUCUGAUUGAUUGACCGUGUAAAAAAUCUUUACACCGUCAGUGCAUUAGUGUAUCAUGCAGCACAACGUUAUGGGCCGAAGAAGAAGACAGUUGAGUUAUUGCAGCCAGCUGUUCUCAUGAUACGCGCCAUCAUGCUGGAAAACUCAGAAACUGGCUUUCAAUAUUUAAACUAUGGACUCAUUUUGCUGAUUAAAGAAAACAUUGGAGUAAUUUCCAUGUGUUCCUCAUCCCAAAGGGAACUUAUUAAAAGAAUUAACAGAUUGAUUUUUCGUUGUACUA